CAUACAUGCAGCAGAGAAAAAACUCAGGAACUCGCACUGUCGCAGCCUAGCCGGGAGCUUACAAUUACAUCUUGUAAUUUGUUGUAAAAUUAAAUGUCGAGGAUUCCGGGUUGCAACAAUUCAGGUACGUUGUGGUCAAGCUGAAGGGGUCUGUAAGGGAUCAGCAUGAUCGGGGCUUUUUCCAUGCCGAAAAUAGUAGACCUCGGCCAGCAAUGAUCCACACUUUUACCACCAGGCCAGGCCUACCCUGGCCAGUGGCACUAGUACUACGAGGCUAAAAAUAUGCCGCCCAAGCAGGGCCUACCGAUGAAAUACCGUCUGACUCCAAAAAAUGCUGUAGACAUGGUAAAGGCACCGGUGCUGAAUUGAGCAACGUGAUGGAAAUGCUCCUUGCUCUAUGAGUUGUCUGGCGUUGCAUUUGAACUAUCAUCGAUGACACUUUAGGCCACGGAUACAGUAAUAUUGUUCAAACGGAGCAACCUGUGCAUUGUUGCAUCUUCUGCAUUGUGACUGAUGCUGUCCAUCCUGUCUGAUGUUCUGAGUAGCAAGUGGGAUAACAGUCACCAAACUGUACAUGAAGUUGGUACUCUGCUGGCUGCAUCACUGAGCGAGCAGAGGGUCUCUAGGAUCAAAAUACCUGUAGGUCGUCAAGGUUUCGUUUGAGCCAAAGCUCAAACCUUGUAACAGUAGAAACCCUUCCGAUUUCAUCAGAUGUCCAUCAGCAUGUCCACCAUGAAAACCAGCACCGCCUGGUCCUCCUCGGUCAAGUACAGCCGCCUGCCCAGGUCGGACUGGGACUCCACGUCCCAAGACAGCGCCGCCAUCGACUUCAGCUCGCCGUUCAACUUUGACUCGGUGUUCACCUACAGCAAGGUCAUGCCGCCCUACCUGGAAGAAGAGAGAACCUACACUCCUCCGCUGUUGACUCGCAUCUGUACAUCGGUGGUCGUUAUCCUGGGUUUCCUAGUGGUGUUCCUGACUUUUCCUAUCUCGGGAUUUGUAGCCGUCAAGAUGGUCCAGCAGUUCGAGAGGCUAGUGGUUUUCCGACUGGGCAGAUUACAACCACCCAAGGGUCCAGGCAUUGUGAUAGUCCUCCCGUUCAUCGACAAAUGGCGGAGGGUGGAUAUGAGGACCAGAGCCUUCAACGUUCCUCCACAGCAGCUCAUCACAGCAGACGGGGCUGCGAUCUCGGUGGGUGCCACGGUCUACUUCCGCACCAAAGACGUCUCACUGUCCAUCGCCAGCGUGCAAGACCUCAACCACUCCACGCGCAACCUGGCCCAGACUGUCUUGCUAAACACACUUGCCGCGCGCUCAUUGAAGGCCAUCGAGAACGACAAGAACCUUGUGAAUGGACUGAUACAUGAAGAGAUGAACGCCACUACUAACAACUGGGGCAUCGAAGUCAGCAAGGUGGAAGUGUCUCAAGUGACCGUCGUCCAGGAAGCUGUGGAAGGGGUCAGUGUGGACAAACUAGGGACUAUCUUUAGUCAGAUCAUUUCUGGCCAGUACUCACCCAUGUCCCACCUCGUGCAGAUGCCAACCCCACCCACCGCCCCACCAAGUCUCUUGACCCCCUCCCAGCCCCGCCCAGCCCAGAGAGGUGUGUCGUUACCUGUCGUCACGCCCCAGGAUCUCCUCACUUCCGUCAGACCACUUCUCAAUGAGGCACUCGUAGAAGACGUGAAAGCUGUCUACAAAUUUGUGGUGACUGGCAACAACGGAGGAACGUUCUUCCUGGAUUUGAAGAGCGGGUCGGGAGAUGCUGGCGAGGGCGAGCCACCCUCCGAGCCCGAUGUCACGCUCACCACGUCCACCUUUGACCUGCACGCCAUGUUCACGGGCCAGAUCAGGCCCUACAUGGCCUACAUGGCAGGUAAACUGGCGGUAGAGGGCGACAGAGGAGUCGCGAUGAAACUGGAAACAGUGAUACAGCAGCUGCGGGGAGCACGCUGUUAGUCCGAUGCCCUCAGCUGAUUCUCGACACUUAUUUUCACGGGCUGUACGUGUCUGAAUCUUGUGUCUGCAUCUUUGCCAGUUGACAACAGCCAUAGCCAUAAGUCUGGAGGACAGUUUGGGAUGCAACUCAAGGCUUUGUCUAAGACAGAAGUAUAUCAGAGUCAAAAACUGAAGCCCUAGUCGUAAAGACUACAAAGUCAUGCAUGGUUAACAAGCCUGUGCUCAAAUUGCUUUCUUAUGGCUAGAAAGAAGAUGUGCAUGAAUGGGAAAAGCACGAAACCACAAGCUGGUGACUUCCAUUGCAUUCCGAGAGUUUGUAUUGUCAUCCUUUAAAUAAACCCUCUCUCGAGUUGCAUAGGUUUGGAAAAAAAACAACAGCAGUUGUAACUCAAAGAAUGAGGUCAUGAUUCAAUUAUCAAUGCAGAUGACUGGUUCCCAGCCCAGAAGCAGGAAUUGAUUGGGGGACCAGGGACCAGUGUUACCGGUAGACUGGCAUCCUGUCAUUUUUUUUCAGGUCAUAAGGCCAUUUCCAACUCCUAGUAAUUGCGACCACAUUAGUAAUUGCCUUGUGGUUCACUCAGUAACUCUCAAUUUUGGAUCCCCUCAGUACACAAGCCAUUUUGUUUCCUUGCUUUAAGGGUUUAAAACAACAUUCCCCAUGUAAAUGCAUGCAUCAAAAAGCUAUACCAUGUGUGAUGAGUUCGUGUACAAAGCUUAGAUUCUUCCCAGUAUUUAUUAGACCCGGACCAUAGUAUUAACCGGCGUUCAUGUACACAGUUUGCUUUUCAAACAAAAAAAAUAGUACUUACGAAUGCAAUAUAAAUGUUUAGUACAUACAAUAGAAAUGAGAACAAUUUGAGUGGUAAUUUAA